UGGAAGAAUCUGAAACAUUUUGGGGGGAGGGGCUCCUUCCGAUGUAAUUCUAUUUUGUCACCCUACUUUCUUACCUGUUCUCCCUCUCCCUCCUUCUGUGUUUCAGUGGGAUCCCACGUGGUUGCCUUUGAAUUUAUGAUUCUCUGGCCUCAGCCUCCUGAGUGCCAUGAUUAUAGGCAUGAGUGACUAUGCCCACNCAACACUGCUGCUCACUUUCAUAUCAGACCUCCGUUUCUAUCNUUUUAAAAAUCGAUACCACGAUCUCCUUUGAAAGCGUGUGACCGAUCGACUGAUCGCUCAGUGUUGUAGUGUGUNCNUCUCCGGUCACAUCUCAUUGCAGGAGAUCUUAGGUGGUCCUUUUCUGGUUCCUGGGACACCAUGUUCCCUGCAUUUGUGUGACCGUUCAGACAUUAGUAACUCCGUAUACAUGAGUUCACUGAGUGUGCAGUGACUAGGAGCCAGAUCGUACCGGCAGUACCCAGAUGUGUACACAGAGAAGUUAUGCCAUUUGCCUGAGGUCGCACAGCCGAUAGCUGUAGGGUGGAUGAGAUGGGGUUGGGAGAAUGGAGUGGGUGGGCUCUGCCCUGCUGCUUUGCCCUUCACGUUCUCUGGAGCUUCACUCCCUCCCAGACCCUGCUUUGGUAAAGAGUGUAUUUUAGAACGCAUUCCCAGUUUUAAAUCCUAAACUGAGAUUUAAACUCAGAUUGCCUCUUGGCAAGAUUACCUUUGGGCUCAGAUCUUGCCUCUGUUCUCUACAGCAAGAGAGAAACUUAUGGAGCACAGAGACAUAGAACAGUUGGGGAGACUGAGGCACAGGGUAGCGGGAUGACUGGCUUUUUGGCAGCUGGUCAGUACUGGGUGCUAGGCUGUAGAGUGGACCUGAAGUCAGGUGGACAGGAUGCAGCCUGAGCAUCCUCCCCAUCAGUUUGAUAAUCACACAGGCAGACAUGGUCACUGGGCNGGACAAAGGUCCAGAGAGGUGGCCUCAUCACANCCAGAGACUGUUGACUCUUCUUGGACACCAGACCUAGUAUGGCCUUUGGCUUCAGAGGACACAGCUUUCCCUUUUCCUUCCUAUCCCCACUCUCUGAGCCCCUCUUGGAUACCUGGUGUGGUGUUGAGUGUUGGGGACCCAGGAGAGUGUGCUGCCAAGAAGGGACACAGGCACCUGCUGAGCCUUCCCAAGUCGUCACCACAGGCUCGGCCAGGCCAGCAUGGUGGACCACCUGCUUCCAGUGGACGAGACCUUCUCGUCACCGAAAUGCCCAGUGGGUUACCUAGGGGACAGGCUGGCCAGCCGGCAGCCAUACCACAUGUUGCCCUCGCCCAUCUCUGAGGAUGACAGCGAUGUCUCUAGCCCCUGCUCUUGUGCCAGCCCUGACUCGCAAGCCUUCUGUUCCUGCUACAGUGCGGGUCCAGGCCCUGAGGCCCAGGGCAGCAUCUUGGAUUUCCUCCUGUCCCGGGCUACACUGGGCAGUGGUGGUGGCAGUGGAGGUGUUGGAGAUAGCAGUGGCCCUGUGACNUGGGGAUCAUGGAGGAGAGCCUCUGUGCCUGUGAAGGAGGAACAUUUCUGCUUCCCUGAAUUUCUGUCAGGGGACCCUGAUGACGUCUCCAGGCCCUUCCAGCCUACCCUGGAGGAGAUUGAAGAAUUCCUGGAAGAGAACAUGGAGGCUGAGGUCAAGGAGGCCCCAGAGAACGGCAGCAGGGACCUGGAGACCUGUAGCCAGCUCUCAGCUGGGUCACACCGGAGCCACCUCCAUCCAGAGUCUGCUGGGAGAGAGCGCUGUACCCCACCACCAGGUGGCACAAGUGGGGGUGGUGCCCAAGGUGCAGGUGAGGGGCCAGCACAUGAUGGCCCCGUGCCGGUGCUACUGCAGAUCCAGCCUGUUGCUGUGAAGCAGGAGGCAGGUACAGGGCCAGCCUCCCCAGGGCAGGCCCCAGAGAGCGUCAAGGUCGCCCAGCUUCUAGUCAACAUCCAGGGGCAGACCUUUGCACUCCUGCCUCAAGUGGUACCAUCCUCCAACUUGAACCUGCCCUCAAAGUUUGUGCGAAUUGCGCCUGUGCCCAUUGCCGCCAAACCUAUUGGCUCAGGAUCCCUAGGGCCCGGCCCUGCUGGCCUCCUUGUGGGCCAGAAGUUCCCCAAGAACCCAGCAGCAGAACUUCUCAAAAUGCACAAAUGCACUUUCCCAGGCUGCAGCAAGAUGUACACCAAGAGCAGCCACCUCAAGGCCCACCUGCGUCGGCACACAGGCGAGAAGCCCUUUGCCUGCACCUGGCCAGGCUGCGGCUGGAGGUUUUCCCGCUCAGAUGAGUUGUCAAGGCACCGGCGAUCUCACUCGGGUGUGAAGCCGUACCAAUGUCCUGUGUGCGAGAAGAAAUUCGCGCGGAGUGACCACCUCUCCAAACACAUCAAGGUGCAUCGCUUCCCACGAAGCAGCCGCGCAGUACGCGCCAUCAACUGAGCGCAGUGGCCGCCCUUCCUUCCCCCAGCUCCANGUUUUGUUUUUAAAUGCAAUAACUUAUUGCCUCUUUUCAGAAGGAUGUGACAAUAUUACCAGCCCCCUCCCCCUUCUGAAUCUUAGGAGGUAUGACCCAGAGCCACCAUGGCUGCCUUUCUGGGGAGGACCUAGAGUCCCUAUGGUCCCUGGGGGCUGGUUCCCCGGUGGCCCAGGCAGGCCUGUGCCCUUGUGCCUUUGUGCCUUCCUGCCAGCUGGAAGCAGUGUUUGGGGGGCCCUUGCCCUCUUCCCACUGGGCUCCCUACCUGGGCCAAAGUCAACAUCAUUNCUGGGGAAGAAGUGUUUUGGCUGUGUCAAAAUAGUAGCUCCCAGAGGAAGCAAGCCAUGCUGGGAAAAAGGAAGUAGGUCAAAAAAGCGUAGGGCUGCACUGUGGUGUGAGGACCGCCAUAUGCAAGAGGCCUUUGAGGGUCCAGGAGGAUGGCCACCCUCGCUCUAGGCCGUAAUGCAUGUGCUUAAAUGCAAGACAAAUGGAGCCAUAGCCAGCUGUACCCAGCCUGGCUCACCCUCCUCCAGACACCAGACACCAGCCUCCUGGUUGUGGUGAGAGGAGAAGGGAACAGGUCUGGUGGAUGCCAAGCAACUAGUUAGUGCCUCCCAGUCUGACCUAGAUUUGCAUUCCUCAUCAGGACUAGAAAUUAGUACCAAUUGAACUAGCUUGUUUUGACAGGUCUAUUUCACAUCCUAUGAAUGUAUGUAAAUAAACUGUACAUAGGUACGCAUCUACAUAAAAUAUCUUUUAAUAACACGUUGACAUUUGUGUAAAUUUGAAAUUUAAAAAAUUCUAUAAAGUUGGUGUACAUAUGUUACAAUUAUGUAUAUUUUCUUUGGUCCUUCAUAAAAAAUAUAUUUACUUUGCCAAUAAAAAGAG